AAAUUAUAAAAAAAAUCUACUACUGCGUCGACAUUGACAGCCAUUUAUUUUUGUUUUGAAUAGAUUAUGAUACUAUAAUAAAAGCGUAAACUUGAUUCUAAUUGAUAAGGAAGGACGUAUACACAAGACGAAUGUGUAAUAUAUAUUUAAAUUAAUUUGUAACAUUAUGAUAUCAAAAAGUUUAUGUUUGAGGUUAUAAAACAACAACAUGAAACUUUACUGCCUAAGUAGCGAUGCAUCGAAGCCAUGCUUCGUGCUGUCCUUCAAGGAGUUGCUGAUAAUGCUGGAUUGUGGUCUGUCAGCACACUCUGUGCUAAAUUUUCUACCUUUGCCUCCUGUUCCAAGCACCAGGCUAGCCUCCCUACCGAACUAUACACCGCCACAUCAUAAUGAUCCACUACUUGAGGGGGAACUAAAGGAAUGUUGUGGAAGAGUAUUUGUGGACAAUUCAGAAUUUUGUCCUCCUCUGGACAAAGUGGUGGAUUUUUCUCAACUGGAUGUCAUUCUCAUCUCCAACUACACUUGUAUGUUGGCAUUGCCAUUUAUCACAGAAGAAACUGGAUUUAAAGGACAAGUGUAUGCAACAGAGCCCACACUGCAGAUUGGAAGGUUCUACCUGGAGGAGCUCUCAGAAUGGGUGUCAGCGAGUGGCGAGGAUAGUGGUGCGGCAAAGCGAUGGAAGGAAGCGGUUCACGUCCUCCCGCCGCCGCUGGCAGAUGCUGUGCGCCCGCGUGCUUGGCGCCGUCUGCUGGCCCGCAACAUCGCACGCGCACUUUCCCGCGUGCGUGUCGUCGGCUACGACGAGCGUGUCGACAUCUACGGCGCUCUAGACGCCACAGCCGUCAGUUCCGGCUUCUGUCUCGGCUCCGCCAACUGGGUGCUGCGCUCUGCUCACGAGAAAGUCGCGUAUGUGAGUGGAUCCAGCACGCUGACGACGCACCCGCGGCCUAUCAACCAGGCGGCGCUGCGCGGUGCAGACUUGCUUAUCUUAGCAGCACUGACGCAAACGCCAGCACACAACCCGGACCACAUGCUGGGCGACUUGUGCGUGCACGCUACGGUAACGUUGCGCGGCGGCUCAGUACUAUGUCCAGUGUAUCCGAGCGGCGUGUUGUACGACUUGCGGUGUCUAUCGGCCCACUUAGAAGGCGCAGGUCUUGCGCACGUGCCGCUGUACGUGGUGUCACCGGUGGCGGACUCGUCGCUGGCGUACAGCAACAUCCUGGCGGAGUGGGUGUCGGCGACCAAGCAGGCGCGCGUGUACGUGCCGGAGGAGCCGUUCCCGCACGCGGCGCUGGUGCGCUCGUCGCGGCUGCGGCACGCACGCGCUCUACACGACGACGCGCUCAGUGACUUCCGACAACCUUGCGUACUGUUCUGCGGACACCCCAGCCUGCGCUUCGGUGCCGCCGUGCACAUGGUGGAGCUCUGGGCCUCCAACCCGCUGCACGCCAUUAUCUUCACUGGUAAAAUCUUGUUUAUAAUACCCUCACUACCUAUUCUAUUUCUUAAUGCUUAUUAA